GUAUUAACUUAUGUUUCUUUGUGUCAUUAAGCAUUGAAUGUUGCGUUCCGCCGUGAGAAUAAAUGGAUUAUUCGAAUCCUCGAUUUUGCUGCCACAAACAUUUCCAAAUUUGUCAUUUUUCUGUAAAAUACAUACGACCCUGCAUUAACGACAUUGAUACUUUGUACUUCUAUUCGUGAACAAGUUUUCCUAUAGCGGCAAGGAAAACUGAAGUACCGGAUCGCAAGUGUCGGAUACUGCCUCAUUGUUUGCAUUAUUAAAGUAUAAAUUACCAUAAAACAGCAUCAAGUUUACCAAGUUUAACAAUGCAAACAGGUACUAUAAAAGAGAGGAAAGGAUAUAGACGAUAUAUAAAAGGAUAUUAGACCAGAAAAAGGCCAAUUUCUUACCGCAAUCGGUGACAUGGACAUCUCGAAGCAUUCGAAUUACUUAGAUUAUGAAUGGGCAGUCGUGUUGAAUCGAAUUUGCCUCCAAGUGUUCGGCAUUUGGCCAGAUAAUAAUGACAUUAAACAAAGGAGUUUAAUGUUGGAUAUACGAGUAAUUUUUAUACUAAUAAUAAUAAUCUGCAGCAGCGUUAUUCCCACAAUACAUUCGCUUAUCAGAAUUUGGGGUGAUUUCAUGUCUACGAUUGAUAAUUUGCAAUAUACACUGCCACUUGUCAUGUCAAUAUUAAAGCUUUUUAUUAUGUGGCAAAAAAAAGAAGAAAUCGCACCAGUUUUGAAAAUGGUUAAAGAAGACUGGCUAAAAUUUAAGACGGAAGAUGAAAGAAAUAUCAUGAUAAGACGCGCGCGAAUUGCGCGUAUAAUCACGAUUUGCGGAUACGUCGUAAUGUUUGGCUCGUUUAUCUUCGCUGUAGUUUUACCGUUUUUUGGUAUUUCGUUGAGGCAUAUGACAAAUAUAACCGACCCGGGCAAACUGAUGCCGCUUCAAUCGUAUUACAUCUAUGACAUUAAUAAUAGCCCGAUUUAUGAGAUAACAUACUUCAUACAAGGUAUCAGUUUAAUGUUAGCCGCUACUGUAUAUAGCAGUACGGACAAUUUUUUGGGACUACUUGUUCUCCAUGUGUGCGGUCAAUUAGAGAACCUCAGAAAGCGAUUCCUGCUUCUUGACCAGGAUGACUUUAAGAACAGCCUGUCAUACAAUGUACACGACCAUAGACGUCUUAUCAAAUCCAUAAAAAUUAUUGACGAUACAUUUACUAUAAUGCUACUUGGAUUAAUGAUUUACUUUGGCCUUCUCUUUGCUCUGUAUGGAUUUUUAUUCGUAACUAUAAUAGUGCAGAGAUAUGGUCUUUCCUUCCCUCGACUUGCUUUCAUCGUCUUAGCCUUCACCAGUACAUUCGCACAUACCUGCCUUUAUUGCAUCAUAGGUGAAAUUCUGGUUAUUCAAUGCAAUGAGUUUUAUAAAGCUGCAUGCGAAUAUAAAUGGUACGAAUUGCAGCCGAAACAAGUACAAAGUUUAUUGAUAAUAAUGGUCCACGCUAAUAGACCACUAUACCUUACUGCAGGAAAACUUUUUCCUAUGACAAUGUCGACGUUUUGUAACAUGUUAAAGACGUCAGGAGGUUACAUAUCAUUCUUGUUGGCGCAUCGUGAAUAAAAACAAAAAAUUACAAAAAUAGUACAUCCUGAUGUAAGGAAAAGGGAACUCAGUCCUCUCACAGACGCCAGUAUGGAUGUUACGAAAUAUUCAGCAUACAAAGACUACGAAUGGGCCAUUGAAUUAAAUCGGCUCAGUUUAACAUUAUUCGGCGUUUGGCCACAAAACAAUGAAGAUAAGCAGAAAACAUUAAUGUCGGACAUACGUGUGAUCAUUAUAUUAAACAUAAUGACCUGGACUUGCCUUAUUCCAACUUUACAUUCAUUGCUCAAGAUUUACGACGACAUAAUGUCGACAAUCGAUAAUUUGCAAUACACUUUGCCUCUUCUGAUGGCGCUACUAAAAUUGUCCAUUCUUUGGCAAAAAAAAUAUGACAUUCUACCUCUAUUGAAUAUAAUUAAAGACGAUUGGCUAAAACUAAAGACAUCGAAAGAGAGGAACGCUAUGAUAAAGCAAGCUCGAAUCGCACGUAUGCUCACGAUAUAUGGUUACUUCAUGAUGCUCAUGUCUGUCACCUUAGCUUUUCUUCUCCCCCUUUUUGGAAUUUCAAUGAGAUAUAGGACAAACAGAACGGACCCGAACAACAAAUAUUUGCCGUUACAAACGUACUACGUCUAUGAUAAAGACAAGAGUCCGUUUUUCGAAAUUACUUACGUUCUCCAGUGUAUUUCCUUAUCGCUGGCCGGUGGUAUAUACACCAGCACGGACAGUUUCUUGGGCGUGUUGGUUUUUCACGUGUGUGGUCAGCUGCAAAAUCUCAAGGAGCGUGUGAUCAAUCUCGAUAAGUUUUAUGAUUUCAGACUUGCUCUAUCAUACAACGUUCGGGAUCACAUGCGUCUUAUCAGAUGUAUUAAUAUCAUUGAUAAUGUGUUUACUAUAAUGCUGCUAGGAGCACUCCUUUAUUUUGGCAUAUUAUUUGCUUUUUAUGGUUUUAUAUUUGGUACUAUGUUUAGCCAAGGUCGCGAGUUUUCUGUUACACGUUUAACUUUUAUCGUGAUAAUAUCUCUCAAUACAUUUACACAUAUGUGCCUCUACUGUAUUGUAGGUGAAAUUUUACUUGCACAAUGCGAAGCAGUUUAUGAGGCCGCAUAUGAGUACAACUGGUACACGUUGGAAUCGAAGAAAGCGAGAAACCUAUUAAUGAUAAUGAUUCGUGCCAACAAGCCAUUGUACCUUACUGCCGGAAAAUUGUUUCCAAUGACUAUGGCAAUGUUUUGUAACUUGUUGAAAACAUCAGGUGGUUAUAUAUCGGUUUUACUGGCGCAUCGGGAAUAAAAACCUAAAAUCUAUAAAUCGAUAUCCAUCUAUAUCUAAUUUUGAAACAGAUGUGACAAUUUAUACAUUUGUAUAAUUAUUUUUUGCAUAUAUAUGUAUUAUAAAUAUUAUCUUCACUUGAGGGAAUCUGUGCACAUUAUACACUCAUUAUAUGUAAUAAUUUUCUUGUAACAUCUUCUAAUACAUAACAUUGAUAUUCUUCUUCUUUACGUAGGAGUCAUAUAUUUAUCAUUAAGUCACUUAUAUCGUAAAUAUUAUCACUAAUAAGCCAAAUGACUUAAUUAGGAUAAAAAUUUAUAUAUCUUUUGUUUAUUUUUUCUAAUAGCGAAUUAUUAUUCGCACACAAAACCAAAAAUUUUUUAUAUUAUUUUAUAUUAUUUAUACACUUCUUGUAUGUAUAAUUUUAACUGAAAUGUAAUUCAUCAUUAAAAUAAUAAUCAGUUUAAAGUUUCAAAAUGUGUACUUGUACAGUUAUUUUGAAAUUAAUGUUUAUUUAAAAUUAUUAGAUUACGUUACUAGAUUAGAAACUUAGCUUGUAAUAGAAAUGUCUUUGAAUCUCUAUGCUUGAUGUCUGACAUGUAAACCUUGUCAUAGUUUAUUUGAUGUUUAUAAAAUAUUUUCAUAUAAAAAAUUAAUUUGAUUUCUUAAUAUAUUUCUUUUCCUGCGCGCGCGCUAUCUCUUUUCCAUAUCUCUUACCAUUUUUACGCUACUAGUGUAACAAAAAAUGAUAUUUUUUAAAUUUAAAUAGUUUAAAACUCGUUAAUACCAAGUUGAGUACUAAUAAAUAAAAUCGUCAAUCAAAUAAGACAAAACGGUAUAAAACGUUGUAUAUGUAAUGCACUUAAUGCAUUGACUACUGACACAUUAAACAUUAUACAUAUUAUACAUCUCAGUAUCUCAAAUAUUACAAACUUUUACCCGUUUACUAUAUAUAUGUGCUAACAGAAGAAACGAAAAGGUUUCAUUCUGCCAUAGCCAAGAGUAAUACUUAUUGCGAUGUACUAUCACAAAUGUGUCAUUAGGAAUACUUGGGGAAUUCAUCUUUGUGCAAUAAUGUCGUCAAAAUAUUAUCGCACACUAUCUUGUGAAGACUAAAUACGAGUUGACAAUUGCUACGUCAUGUAUGUGUAGCGUAGCAUACGUUUACGCGACUGCAUAUGUAUAACUCUACGAACGUUAAAUUUAUUUGCCGUAGUUGCACAUCACUGAUGAAACACGAAAGGGAAACAAAAAAGGGCAUGAAAUUUUUAAAAUUCUUUUUCUACUUUGAAGAACUUCCUUUAUGUACAAGUGACAUGAGACUGGUAGUUUCAGUAAAGUAGCGGAUCAAUAACAGCAACAGGAUCGGGUUUAGAAAAGUUCAAUUUUAUAUAUUCUAUUGACCAAAUAAGAAACUUAAUUAAAUUCUUAAUUAAAAUCUCUUUAAGAUUGGUUGAACGUAAAAAACUAACACGAAAGGUUUACCGAUUAGAUUUAUUGAAAUCAUAAAUUUUUUAAUAAUUGUAUCUUUCUUUAAUUAUAUUUUCUAGCAAUUAAACAGUCUUCUUAUAUUAACAUUUAAGAUGUACGGUAUAUUUUAGUUUAGUCUUCCAAGAUAAAUCCAAUUGUGUAAGAUUAAAAGCGUUUCAGAAAUGCAAUGCGGCCCUACAUGAACAACCUCUACACACUUUUCGCGGCAUUUUCGCUUUCGAGUGAUUAGUUUUAUUAUUGUACGGUGGAUGGCUAUAAGCAUUACCCUCUUAUAAUGUUUUGAACUAGGCGUUGCAUAAUUAAUGUACGAGAUAUACAUCUGUAAAAAGUGCUCUUUUGUGAUCUCCAACGAUCUACCGUUCUACAUGUGAUGUUAAAGUAUCAGUGCAUUCGCAGACGCCAGUAUGGACGUUUCAAAGCAUUCAGCAUACAAAGGUGGCUAUCUUGUCCAAAUUCGUAUAAGUUUGUAGCGCUUUCCACCUCUCUUUUUUCACUUUAUUUCCUUGUAUAUAAUUAUAAAUUCUUCUAUUUAGUAACAUUUUACACAAUUUUGCAAACUUCAAAAACAUUUAUAAUAUAUGCAUUGCUUUAACAGAAAUAAUGUUCAAAUAAAGAGUUACGCUUUCAAUGAAAUAUGUAACUUGAGUUUAAUAACAUAAUAUUUAAAAUACACAUAAAACGCUUAUAUAAAACAGAUUACGAAUGGGCCAUUGAAUUAAAUCGGUUCAGUUUAACAUUAUUCGGCGUCUGGCCUAAGAAUAAUGAAACUAAACAGAAUAAAUUAAUGUUUGAUAUACGUGUGAUCAUUUUCUUAAACUUAAUGAUCUGGAUCUGUCUUAUUCCAAGUCUACAUUCCUUGCUGAAGAUUUAUGAUGAUAUAAUGUCAACAAUCGAUAACUUACAAUCUACCCUGCCGCUUCUGAUAGCAAUAAUAAAGCUGUUCAUCAUUUGGCAAAAAAAAUAUGGUAAUACUUCUAUCAUGAAUAAGAGAUUAAAAAAUUUAAUGUUCAAGUAAACAUUUUUUUCUGUUCCUGGUUUACUUUCAAGAAUAACCCCGGAAGUGAAUAGUAUAAUACGAGAUCUCUACUUACAGACGUCUUACCUCUAUUGAAUAUGAUCAAGGCUGAUUGGCUAAGACCAAAGCCAUUGAAAGAAAGGAACGUUAUGAUAAAGCAAGCGCGAAUUGCACGUAAUCUCACGAUUUUCGGUUAUUUUGUAAUACAACUAACUACUUUCAUCGUUUUAUUUCUUCCUAUUUUUGACAUUUCAAUAAGAUACAGAAAGAACAAAACGGACACGGACAAAUUAUUGCCACUGCAAUCGUAUUAUUUAUAUAAUGUAAAUAACAGUCCACUUUACGAGGUAACUUUUGUUCUACAAAGCAUUAGUUUGAUAGCAGCCGGCACAACAUACGGCAGUACGGAUACUUACAUGUGUUCGCUAGUCUUCCACGUAUGUGGUCAACUCGAAAAUCUCAAAGGACGUAUCCGCAAUUUGGAUAAAUGCACCAAUUUUGCGGACGCUCUGUCGACUAGUGUGAAGGAUCACACGCGUCUCAUCAGGUCUAUUAUAGUUAUUGAUGAUACAUUUAAUUUGAUGUUACUUGGAUUGCUGGUUUAUUGUAGCGUACUUUUUGCUCUAUAUGGAUUCUUAUUUGUCUCUGCAAGUAUCUUUUUAUCUAACUUGCUAAUCAAGUACAUUAAAUCAAGAUUACCUUCCUAUAUUAUAGUUGUAUCUUAUUAUACUUUUAUUAUACUUUUAUAUUAUAUUUACUUUUAUUUUAUCAUGAAUGUUAAUUCAGCCUACUUAUUUUCAAUUAUUAUUAUUAUAGAUAAUAACAGAAGGUAGCAAUCUUUCUAUUCCACGACUGUCUUACACCACGUCAGCUUUCUUUAUUAUCUUCGGAUAUAUGUGUGUUUACUGCAUAUUAGGAGAAUUUUUAGUUAUUCAGGUAAGCACUAAUAAUAUAUAUGUUAUGCUGGUUUACAGUUUACUUUAUCAACAUGUUAAUAGUUAUCAACAAAUUAUUAUUUAUUAACAUUAUAUUAAUAUAUAAUACAAAUUAUAAUAUUCACGUAUGUGAUAGAUUUACCUGCUUAAUAUAUGUUUUAAUAUGUUUGCCUGGUAUGUUAUUUUAUUGAAAUAUUAUUCAUCAAGUGCGACGGGAUUUACGAUGCUGUUUGCCAGUACGAAUGGUACAAUUUAAAGCCCAAACAAGCGAAAAAUUUUCUGAACAUAAUAAUGGAAACUAGAAGACCACUGCACCUUACUGCAGGAAAACUCUUCCCUAUGACAAUAGCUACGUUAUGUAACGUAAGUUUGAUUAUAAAUUUUGAUUAUAACUUGCGGAUAAUUAAUGAAAAAAAUUAUUUUUAUAUUUAAUUAUUAUAUGAUAGAAAUGAAGUUCUUCUGCAUACAAUAGCAUUUUACAAAUCUUUACAAAAAGAAAUAUUUUUGUUAAAUAUACAGCAAUUAAUUGUUUUUACAAUUAAUAGUACAAAUGGAAAAGUUAUUGAACAUAAUCUACAUCGUUGAUAAAGCAAUUUUGAUAAUAGUAUCUAAACUAUUGAUAUGCACUGAUUCACUCAACUGUUAAAAUAUCUAUUACUUCCUGGACUAUUACAGAUGUUGUUUUCAUUGAACUUCAGUAGUUCAAGGGGCUACUAAUUUGCAAUUCUUGGAAGACAUUUUAUUUCCAAAGAUUCUGAUUUUCACUUUAAUCUUUUAAAUGAACCCACAUUUGCAAUACAUAAAGUUGAUUGUAAGGCUAGUACAAAGAUAUAAAAUCUGUGUAAAUUUGAACAAAUACCUACUCGUUAAAACAUUGUUGGUAAGUUCGAACAUUUCCCUAUGCUGUGCUACCUGCCGGUGCACGAAGUUUUAUUUAUGUACCAACAAACUGAUAUAAUGUGUAAAAAUAUAUAGGUUUAUUUAAAAAAUCAAAGAGAGGAUCGGAAUCUCGAAUAACAAUAAAAGUUCUACAACACUUGCAAUUCAGCAAAUUAGUAGUUCCUUCAUCCAUUGUAAUUUAGUAUAGUGUAUCUCAAUGUCUUUAACGAUUCAGGAGAUAGUAAAUGUAAUAAUACUUAAAUUAAUCACUCCGUAUUAUAUACGUUAUACAAUAUGUGUGUAUAUAUAAACUCUUUCUGUGUAUAACUAUAUAUAUAUAUAUAUAUAUAUCAUGUUUCAGUUAUUACGAACUUCCGGCGGCUACAUAUCAGUUCUUUUGGCACAUCAUACUUAAAUUAAAAAUCUCCUGGAACUAAAUGUGCUAUCGUAUUAUUAAAUAGUAUUAAUAAUAAAAUAG